GUCCGCCGAGCGCCGCCGGUCACCUGAGGCUCGCAGGGCAGCCGGCUGGCGGCGGGGCCGGCCAUCGCGCUAGAGGAGCCGGGAGACGCGACCCGGACGCCAGGUGCGAGGAGCCGACUGCGAGCGUGGCCGGCCGGCGCCCGUCCGCCACGGAGGAUGCGGGAGCGCAUCUGGGCGCCGCUGCCGCUGCUGCUACCCUGGCUACUGCUGCCGCCGCCGCUGUGGUGCGGCCCCCCGGACAGUCGGCACCCGGAGCGGGAGCCCGAGCCCGGGCCUUUGCAGCCCUUCGACCUGCUCUAUGCCAGCGGCGUGGCCGCCUACUACAGCGGGGACUACGAGCUGGCUGUGCGCGACCUGGAAGCGGCUCUGCGCAGCCACCGGCGCCUGCGGGAGAUCCGCGCACGCUGCGCCCGCCACUGCGCCGCCCGCCGCCCGCUCGCGCCCCCCGGCGCUGGCCCGGGAGCCGAGCUGCCCUUCUUCCGCGCGCUGCUCGAGCGGGCGCGCUGCUACCGCAGCUGCCAGAGCCAGCGCCUAGGGGGCCCCGCGUCCCGUCACCGCGCCAGCGAGGAUGUGCGCAGCGACUUCCAGCGCAGAGUGCCCUACAACUACCUGCAGCGGGCCUACAUCAAGCUUAACCAGAUGGAAAAGGCAGUGGCCGCAGCACACACAUUUUUCAUGGCCAACCCCGAGCACAUGGAAAUGCAGCAGAACAUCGAGAAUUACAGAACAAUGGCAGGAGUUGAAGACCUCCAGCUGGUAGAUCGGGAGGCCAAACCACACCUGGAGAGUUACAGUGCAGGAGUCAAACACUAUGAGGCCGAUGACUUUGAACUAGCUAUCAAGUACUUUGAACAAGCUUUAAGAGAAUAUUUCAAUGAAGACAUGGAGUGCAGAGCCCUGUGUGAGGGUCCUCAGAGAUUUGAGGAAUAUGAAUACUUAGGGUACAAAGCUGGUCUCUAUGAAGCCAUUGCAGAUCACUAUAUGCAGGUGCUGGUUUGUCAGCAUGAAUGUGUGAGAGAACUUGCCACACGCCCCGGCCGCCUCUCGCCAAUCGAGAACUUUCUUCCCCUGCACUAUGACUACCUACAGUUUGCCUACUACCGAGUCGGCGAAUAUGUAAAAGCCCUGGAGUGUGCCAAGGCCUAUCUUCUACUGCAUCCGGAUGAUGAGGAUGUCCUCGACAAUGUGGAUUACUAUGAGAGCCUACUGGGUGACAGGGCUGACCCAGCAUCUAUCGAGGCCAGAGAGGAUUUGGCGAUGUUUGUGAAGCGACAUAAACUGGAAUCAGAACUAAUAAAAUCAGCUGCAGAGGGUCUGGGAUUUUCAUACACUGAACCAAAUUAUUGGGUUCGUUAUGGAGGAAGACAAGACGAGAAUAGGGUCCCUUCAGGAGUGAAUGUGGAGGCGGCAGAAGUUCAUGGAUUGUCAAUGGGGAAAAAGUCAUUGCCCAAGGUAGACCGAGACCUAAGAGAGGGUGGCCCUCUGCUCUAUGAGAACAUUACGUUUGUCUACAACUCGGAGCAGCUGAACGGGACUCAGCGCGUCCUCCUGGAUAACGUCCUGUCGGAGGAGCAAUGCCGGGAGCUGCACAGCGUGGCCAGUGGGAUCAUGCUCAUUGGUGAUGGAUACAGAGGAAAAACUUCACCCCAUACACCCAAUGAAAAGUUCGAAGGUGCAACUGUCCUGAAAGCACUCAAAUUUGGUUAUGAAGGCCGAGUCCCCCUGAAGAGUGCCCGUCUGUUUUAUGACAUCAGCGAGAAGGCUCGAAAGAUUGUAGAAUCCUAUUUCAUGCUGAACUCAACCCUGUAUUUUUCCUAUACGCACAUGGUCUGCCGCACAGCCCUGUCUGGUCAACAGGAUAGAAGAAAUGACCUCAGUCAUCCCAUCCAUGCUGACAACUGCCUGUUGGAUCCAGAGGCCAAUGAAUGCUGGAAGGAGCCUCCUGCUUACACAUUCCGGGACUAUAGUGCUCUCCUAUAUAUGAAUGAUGACUUUGAAGGAGGAGAAUUCAUAUUCACUGAGAUGGACGCCAAGACUGUGACUGCCUCUAUAAAACCUAAGUGUGGGCGCAUGAUCAGCUUCUCGUCUGGAGGAGAGAACCCACAUGGGGUGAAGGCAGUCACCAAGGGCCAGAGAUGUGCUGUGGCUCUGUGGUUUACCUUGGACCCACUUUAUAGAGAAUUGGAGCGAAUACAGGCCGAUGAAGUGAUCGCAAUCCUAGAUCAAGAACAGCAAGGGAAGCACGAACUGAAUAUCAAUCCCAAAGAUGAGCUAUAAAAAUGAGAAAAAGAGUCUCUAUCAAAUAUUUAUUUAAAUUGUUAAUCUUAUGAGAACUUUUUUAUUUUUGUACAGAGCCACGGUAUAAAUUAACAGGUUAAUAUGAAUCAGCAAAUCUCCCUUCUGUGCCUAAGGAUGCUUUCUUUGCCUCAGUCUGUCUGUCUGUCUUGGUUUUCUCAGCAGAUUGUCUUUCAAAGCCCAGUCACCCCUUCCCCACUGUGUGUGCACGUGUGCGCGCGCGCGCGCACGCACACACACACACACACACACUUCAUUUGCUGCAGAUCCUAAAACUCAAGCAGAAAGAAUAAGUCCAUUCCUGGCGAAACAACGACUCCCAUGCAUGCCCAGAUCUAAAGUUAGAAUGUGAUGGGACUCAGAAGGCCUUUCUGGCUGUGACUUUCAGCCACUGUCUCUCCCAGAGCUGACGGCUGUGACUCUGAAGAGUCCAUGGUGAGGUCAGAACUGCUUCAAGUCACUGCCCUGAGGCCCCCCGGGCUCUGCAAAGGGACAACUCUGAUGAAGACUGUGAGAUGGAGGGGUCAGCCUUCCCAGGCCUGGGUGCAGUUUUUGACUCUGGUGUUUUUAGAUACAGCACCCUUACACUGGAAGCUUUGAUUCAGUCUCCACUAUGCGCUAGUCCAGAAAGGACUGCCCUAGGAGUGUUGUCUUUAAAAAGUGUUUUUCAAGGGUUGAAGUAGAAUGGUUCUUCAUCCCAGCGAUUCUGGAAGAAAAUCUUUAAUCCCACCUGAAAGUGGGCACCAUGGCUACCUUGCCCGAGAGAGGGAUAUUUUGUUCUUCAGGGAGAAAAAAUGGAUUUCUGGUUGAUUCCACUCUUCAUCUGAGUGUAUUUUGAGCCCCCCCUACCCCUUCCCCCACUUUUGGUGCUCUCCAGCUCAUGGAUUUUAGUGUUUGUAUCUGAUUUGUUUAAUAAAGGGAGGCUUGUUUUAAUA